GGCAUGUGGAAAGAGAGAUAGAGGACAGGACAGACAAAGGAGGCGAAGUGGAGAAGGGGGGAGAGAAUAUGGAGAUUCAAAAGGGUAGCAUGCUGAUAGUGAGACAUGAAGAUGGGAUUGUCCGAAUGGAUGAGGACCGCACCCCUGCGAAGGGGGAAAAGCGAAAGAGGGUGGAGAAGCCCGACAGGCCCGAUGAUGAAGAACAUGAAAACAUUGUAGUCAAAGGGAAUGAGCUGGUGCUCCACAGCAAGGCCGUAAUGUCUCCUCGGCCAAGGGUACUUAUGGAGUCCUCGGACGAAGAGGAUCCCUUCUCGGAUCUCUUGCCAGAAGAGGCGAUCCGUAGACGCACAUCAACCCGGAAGAUGUAUGCAAAUGACGUGUUUGCCUCGUCGCAAGAAGAAACUGAGGCGGAUUCCGACUAUGGAGUCAAAACGUUGUAUGAUAAUCAGCCUAUUUCGGCGGAUUACCAGUCCGAGGGCGAGGAUUUCCAGUCGGUCGGGAGUCGCAGUUUGACUUCGAAGUCCUCCGAUGGUUCACAUAGAAAACCCACCAGCCCCCUAAGCACUUCCACACUGAAGAAGAAACAGCGAGCUUCAAAGAAGCUAGCGGUUCCUAGCGCUCAGGGGGAGGAGUCGCCUAUAAUGCUGAAUAGACUAGCCAAGGUUUCUGCACUGUCAGUAGCGAAGCCUAAAGAGAGUCCCUUGCGAAAUUGGAGGCGAUGGAAAUUCAAAGACAACCCAAAUGGUUAGAGUUUCUCAACUUGCGAGGUAUUGUGGGCUACGAUAAAAUGACCAAGCUGGC